AUGUCGCACAGUACCAGCACGAGGGAUGACGAGCACAUGGAGGUGUCGUCGCAAGAAACAAAGAAUCAAUCGGAAGAGCGUGGGGAGAAGGUAGAUGGGGAUGUGGUGGGGGAAUUGGCGGUGGAGGGAGCGGCACGCACCUAUGAGGAUGAUAUCGUGGUUUGGGACGACAAUGAUAUGGAGAAUCCGUAUAAUUGGAGUGCGGGGAAGAGAUGGAGGAUUACGAUGUGCUUGUCGGGAUUGACAUUUGUGGUGACAUUUGCGAGCAGCGUUUUCAGUACAGCUUUGGUACCGACAGAACGUGAAUUCGACAUUUCGCAAGAGGUCGCAACUCUGGGUACUAGUUUAUACGUAUUGGGCUGGGCAAUUGGACCGACUCUCUGGGGACCAUUUUCAGAACUCUACGGCAGAACAAUUCCACUAUUCACCGGCUAUGCUCUCUUUACCAUCUUCAACAUUCCUGUCGCCGUUGCGCAGAAUACGGAAACUGUAAUGCUAGGUCGUUUCUUCCAGGGAAUUAAUUCGUGUGCACCGCUAGCUGUGACAGGAGGAGCGCUAGCAGAUAUAUGGGGUCCAGUCGAGAGAGGUCUGGCGGUGAUGGUAUUUUCUGUGUGUUGCUUUAUCGGACCUCUACUUUCCCCAGUUGUCGGAGGGUUUAUAAUCAUGGACGAUAGACUGGGUUGGAGAUGGGUCGAGUGGAUAACCUUUAUUCUCGCCAUCUUCUUCGGAAUCCUGGGAUUUAUCGGAAUACCGGAGACUUAUGCUGCCACACUUCUGCAGAGAAGAGCCAAGAAAUUGAGACAUGAAACCAAGAAUUGGGCUUUACGUGCCAAGAUUGACGAAUCGGAGGUUACCUUUAAGGAUGUCUUGACUAGAUAUUUGCUUAGACCGAUAAAUAUGAUGGUUCAAGAGCCGAUUCUCCUCCUUCUUUCUAUCUACAUGUCGCUGGUCUGGGGUUUACUCUACCUUUUCCUGACAUCGAUCCCGUAUUCCUUCCAACUGGAACGUCACUGGUCGCCUGGAGUCGGUGCGCUUCCGUUCCUGUCCAUGACCCUCGGUGUCUUUGUCGGCGCGAUUGUCAUCAUUCUCGACGUCAAACUCCGGUUCCAACCUCUCUUCGCGCGGUCGCCUGAAUUGAUCACACCAGAGACUAGACUUCCGACAAUGAUUAUUGGUUCUUUCAUUCUGCCUAUUGGAUUGUUUUGGUUUGCGUGGACGAGCAGUCCGAAUCUGAAUCCAGCACCACAGAUAAUCAGUGGCGUCGUGACCGGUUGUGGGAUCCUCAUGAUUUUCUUACAAGGACUGAAUUACAUCGUCGACGUCUACCGCCUGAAUGCGAACAGCGGCAUUGCAGCCAACACAAUGCUCCGCAACGUCUUCGGCGCCGCCUUUCCCCUCUUCGGUUUCCAGCUCUACGACCGUCUCGGCGUCCCCUGGGCUACCUCCUUGCUUGCUUUCCUCGCCGUUGCGUUUAUACCCGGACCGUUGCUGUUUUAUGUUUAUGGGAGCAGGAUUAGAGCGAAGAGCAAGUUCUCGUUUAAGGCAUGA